AUGGAAACAGAUGGAAGUGUUCUAUUUCUUCAUCAAAGAUGUAAUUUCUUACAAAAAAUUGCUAUCCACUUAGCUGUAGAAAAUGAAAAAUUAAAAAGCAAAAAUGUUGAAUUACUAGAAAGAAGAAUAAACAAAGAAAUGAGAGAAAUAUCAUUUGGAAAUAAAGUGAACCUUGAUCAAAGUAUUAAAAGGAAUAUUUGUAAGAACAAAAAAUGUAUGAAAACAUUAACCUCUGAAUCUAUUGGUAUUAAAUUAAAGACGAAUAGUAAGAAGCAACAUUUCAUCAUUAGAAAAUGUAAAAGUUGCAAUUUUUCAACAAAGUAUUUGCUAAAAAAGUAA